CUGACGUCCAGGUUCCACCCAACUCUCUUCCACAGUCGUCACCGGAAGAGAUGUGGGGGAUAGAUUGGGUCAUUCCUAAUGUCGACUCCGGGCCAUAGCCGAUAUGUAUCACCGGAUGCGAUGUUCGGGUGAGUUUCUGUGGUCGCUUCUGGCCAGUUUCGUGAUGAUGCUGACGCAUGGCCGAGUAGCCUCACCAUCGUCCUUGCGUCGCCGUCGCCGUCGCCGUCGCUGCAGCUACGUUGUCCCCAUCAUCAGAAAGUACGUUACCCACUCUCUAUAUACGUUGCCUUUUCAGUCGACAGAGAAGGGCGAAAGUGCGCUCAGUGUCGCUUUCGUCUGAUGUAGCGCGCCCGCGUGCGCGCCUGCGGAAGCGAUAUGCGCCUGUAGAUC